AAAACACUGGAGCUCUGCUUUGUCCAGCGUCUCAGUGUUCACUGCGAACGGAAGAUGAAGGAGGUGAAAUCUGAUCUGCACUAGCAUAGCUAGCUCUCCUCCUCAAUCCGGAAUAGAUGAAUAUGUGAGAAAGACUUUCCAGGCAUGGUGUUAAGACAGUCGCCUGUAGUAGAAACUAAAAAGCUGCGUGAUGGGCAAUCAGGACUUGGAAGAUGUUUUCGUGGCUGUUAUUCGUCCAAAGAACACAGUCAGCCUCAGCUCAAAGGAGUACCGAGCUAAAGCCUAUGAGAUUCUUUUGAUUGAAGUUCCGCUGGAGGGUAAGGAGAAGAAAAGAAAGAAAGUUCUUCUAGGGACCAAAAUACACGCAGACAGCGACAAAACAAAGUCAAUUCUUGAAUAUGUGGAUGAAGCGACCAAGCCCAUAUCAAAUAACCAAGGGAUUGUAGGAAAGCGUGUAGUACACAUGAAGAAAUUUCCUCUAGAUGGGGAGAAUGAGGGAAAAGAAGCCUCUUUAUUUAUUGUGCCAAUUAAUGUAAAAGACAACAGCAAGCCUGUCUAUCACCCUGGGAGUCCUAGCUUUUACUGUCUUCAAGACAUCAUGCGUGUGUGCAGUGAAACCAGUGCCCAUUUCUCCUCUAUUACCUCAAAGAUGCUGCUUGGCCUAGACAAGUGGUUAGCAGAACAGCACAGUGUGCCGCAUGCAAUCCCUGCACUCUUCAGACCUGCUCCUAUAGAGCGAGUGAAGACCAAUGUGAGCAACCCGGCCUACACCACAGAGAGUAAGCAGAGUGAUGGGCCGCUCCACAUGGGCUACACCGCGCUGGAGAUCAAGAGCAAAAUGAUGUCUCUGGAGAAGGCAGACAUAUGCAUCGAGAAUCCGCUCUAUGGAUCAGACCUGCAGUACACCAACCGAGUGGAUAAAGUCAUCAUUAAUCCGUACUUUGGUUUGGGAGCUCCAGACUAUUCCAAAAUUCAGAUUCCAAAAAGAGAGAAAUGGCAACACAGCAUGACCAGUGUGACUGAGGACAAGGAACGCCAGUGGGUGGACGACUUUCCCCUUCACCGCAGUGCUUGUGAGGGAGACACAGAGCUUCUGUCCAAGUUGCUGGACAGUGGCUUUUCUGUCAAACAGCUAGACAGUGACCACUGGGCCCCCAUUCAUUAUGCAUGCUGGCAUGGAAAGGUGGAGGCCACAAAGCUUUUGCUGGAGAAAGGGAACUGCAAUCCCAACCUGCUGAAUGGACAGCUCAGCUCCCCAUUGCAUUUUGCAGCUGGUGGAGGCCACUCAGAGAUUGUGGAGCUCCUUCUGAAGCACCCUGAGAUAGAUAGGCACAUUGAGGACCAACAGAAGCGCUCACCACUUCAAGUCUGUGAAGAGAACAAACAGAACAACUGGGAAGAUACUGUGAAACUCCUCAAACAAGCCAGCACCCAACCAUAUGAAAAGGUGCGUAUCUACCGCAUGGAUGGCUCUUACCGCUCAGUGGAGCUAAAGCACGGGAACAACACCACCGUCCAGCAGAUCAUGGAGGGCAUGCGACUCUCGCAGGAGACCCAACAGUACUUCACCAUCUGGAUCUGCUCAGAGAACCUCAGUCUGCAACUGAAGCCUUACCACAAACCCUUGCAACACCUGCGCAUCUGGCCUGAGAUCGUCACAGACCUGACCGCACUGGACCCCCAGAGAGAAAACCCCCAGCUCUUCCUACGCAGAGAUGUCCGCCUGCCACUAGACGUUGAGAAGAAGGUUGAAGACCCACUGUCAAUCCUCAUCCUGUUUGAUGAAGCACGGCAUUUCCUUCUCAAAGGCUUCUUCUCCUCACCAGAUAGCAAGCUCAUUACUCUAGCUAGCCUUCUUCUGCAGAUCAUCUACGGCAACUACGACAGCAAGAAACACAAACAAGGCUUUCUGAACGAAGAAAACCUGAAAUCCAUAGUUCCAAUAUCCAAAGUCAAGAGUAAAGCACAUCAUUGGACUAACAGGAUACUUCAUGAGUAUAAGAAUCUGAGCACCAGUGAGGGGGUGAGUAAGGAGAUGCACCACCUUCAGAGACUCUUCCUGCAGAACUGUUGGGACAUUCCCACCUAUGGAGCUGCCUUCUUCACAGGCCAGGUCUUCACCAAGGCUAGCUCCAGCACCCACAAGGUCAUCCGUGUCUAUGUGGGUGUCAACACCAAAGGCCUACACCUCAUGAACAUGGAAACUAAGGUGCUCCAUCUCAGCCUUGAGUAUGGAACCUUCAUGUGGCAACUUGGCCAGGCUGACCAGUACGUCCAAAUCCACAGUCUAGAGAACAAGAAGAACUUCAUAGUGCACACCAAACAAGCCGGACUUAUUGUAAAGUUGUUGAUGAAGCUGAGUGGCCAGAUUACUCCGAAUGACAGAGCAGUAUCAGACAAGUAUGCAUACGGCUAACUCCCGUUAUCGUCAGCGGGGUCAGAACUCCUGUUGGGCUUGCCUUGCCUUAUUGAGUUUUUUUGCUUUUGUGUUUUUACUACGUUUUAUGACAAAGAAGUGUUUUUACUAAAAUUAUGUACCUUUGCAUUUAAUUUUGAAAGUAAUCUAUUUUUGACAUAUUUUCAUACUGUACAUGAUAUUCUGUUUGGAAUACAUUUUAUAAUAAUUCAUUUGAAUUUAUCACCAUUGCUUGUAAAUAUUUGUAUUUAAUGGUUGCAUUUUAAUAAAAGGAAUAAUAUAUCACA